GCCCGCCUGGCUGAUCUCUCACGCCGUCAGCAUCUGCACUGGCUCGCUCCCGUCACUCGUCGACGCACCAAGCGUUUUACCCGACCCCUUUCCACUCCACGCCGGUCCCCGACUUGUCGAAUAAGGGAUGCCGACCUGGCCACUACCGUGAGAGCGUGCCUCACCUCCGCUUCUGUCCCCUCCUCCUUAAUCAUGCACACACCCUCCGCCUCCAGUAUAUAUCAUAUUCUCCCUCAGCGCUUCCCUCCCUUAACCCAACUCGCCCUCCCAAGCAUAUCGCCAUCGAGUCUUGUCCUGUGUCUUGUCGUUGCUGCCUCCACACCUGUCAGCUCCGCACCAUCGUCGCCACCGUCGUCCCAAGCACGCGGCCCCUCGCUCUCGCCUCGGGCCCUCUCGGACAAGGUUUACCUACCGGCACAGAUCGGCGGCAUCGUAGGCUCAUACGCCCUCUGCCUGGUGCUGGUCGCCACCGCCCUCCUCGCCCUCGCAAAGACCCGACGCAAGCGUCUCGAGGCAGCAGACGAACUCGAGGACGACGACGGGACGCUGAAGCUACCAUCAUUUGACGACCUCGCCCCGAUCCCCGCUCCGGACCCCUCGUUCUCCUAUCCGGUCAACGGGCAAGAGUAUCCAUACCCAACGGCUCCCGCGCUGAGCCCAAGGAACUUUUCCUAUCCGGCUCUCGCCAGUCCCACCAGGACCGAGCAGUCGUUCCACACAUACGCACCCUCGCCCACAUCGACCAUAAUCGCCCCUGGCGUUGAUCUCUCCGUGGACCAAAACGUGGUGGCUGCAGACAGACAAAUGGCGCAAACACAGCUAGAAGACAUGUAUCGGCUGGUGAUGGAGCAGGAGGCAGCCAAGGAGGCGGGCGUCAAGUUUGAGGCGCCGCCAAUGCCCGCAGCACGCCUGCCCCCACCGCAGCACCAGGCCUCGGCCAGCACUGGGACGCUGACCAAGAAGGAGAGGUUCAAGCCGGCGAGCCUGAACCUGUCCAAGGAGGACAAGCCCCAUUCGAGGACAGCAUCCAUCCUGUCGGCGCUCAAGUCGCCGCUCAAGAAGAAGAGCCAGGUGCAGGGGAUUAGCAUCUCGUCACCCAUAAUGACGCCCAUGACCGGUACCUUUCCGCGGGCCGAGGGCGAAGAGCUGAGGACGAUCCCGCCCAGGCAGUAUGCGCCAGCCGCGCCACCGCCGGUGCCCACCGACCAGCCGUACCAUCAGCAGCAGCACAGCCAACCGCGGCGUGUAAUGCAGCCCCUGACACCCGACAUGUCGCCCGACAGCACGCAGAGCAUCGACGAGAGGCUCGGCGGACAGCUGGCGGACGCUUCCCAGCACAGGAGACAGCUGCCGCUCCGGGAACACCAGCAGAACCACCACCACAACAAUAACAAUUACCAUUCGCGCAACGUGUCGACCGUCACGACCGAGGUUGACCCGCAGUCGGCCACCUCGGAGCGGUCCACCACGCCCCUGGUCGGGCUGCCGCAGUCGCCCAAGCCCGGCAUGUCGCGGUUCCCGUCGGGCUCGCUGGCGCUGCCGUCGUCGCCCAAGCCGGGCGCGACCUUCCAGCGGUCCGGCGCGCCGUCGGCGGUGCGCACGGGCGGCGCCCUGCCGCUGCGGGCCUACGAGCCCGCCCUCGCCUCGCCGGGCCUGAUCGCGCGCACGACCAAGGAGACGACGUUUGAGCGCGCCGGUCCGCUGUCGCCCAACGGCCAGCGGACCCCGUUCACGGGCGCCGCCGUGCCGUACUCGCCGUACCAGCCCUUCUCCCCCGUCAUCCCCAUGACGCCCAGCCUCGUGACCAGGGCCGACCGCAAGAGGAUGAGGAAGCUCGAGCCCAAGACCCCGACGCUCGAGAUGGUCAAGAGCGAGAGCGAUAUCUGGUAGCUGUGGGCACACGGCGAAUGAGAAUCACGAAACACCACGACGAGAUAAUUGCAAUACAAAGAUUAAAAUUGGAUAAAAAAAUUGAAAAUCACUUCACUACGCAAAGCACAAAAAAAAAAAGAACAGCUUUGAGAGACAUCCAACCCACAGCAUAUUCAUCCAGCAUUUACACCCUUUUCUUCCUUGGUUCUCCCUCUUCUCUUCUUGACCCUCGCUCGGUUUCUUUCUUUUACACUAUCAUGCUACGAUUCCCGCAAGGCUCCGAGCACCUAUGUCGCGGACGCCGUCACUUGCGCUCUGUCUUAAACCCUGCUUCUUGUGUUUCUUUCUUAAUGAUAUCACCAUAGCUCUGGAGAGGCGAUUGAUGGCUGGGAUUUGGGAUCUGGGGGCUUGUACUAGAACUGGAGGAAUAGGGAAGAGAUGAUAUCCUACGGAGAGCGGCACGCGGCGGCCUCGCUUUUCUCGCAACAACAGAGUUACAUUUCCAUAUUUUACUUUCCCGUUCACACUUCG